AUGUCGUCAGCUACGGGAUUGCCAUUUACCCUGAAGGACGCGUCCCUUCUCAAGGACAAAUCCUACGUCAACGCAGAAUGGGUUGAGGCCAAGUCGGGCCAGAGGUUCAAUGUUAUCGAUCCCGGCUCGGACAAGACUUGGGCUUCGUGCCCAGAUAAUGGGCCAGAGGACGUGGAUGCCGCGGUCGAUGCAGCCCAUGCAGCGUUUCAAACUUAUCGCAAAGUCAAUCCUCGCCAACGGGCACAGUUGCUUCUUGCCUGGCACAAGUUGAUUGAGGAAAGCAAAGAUGACCUGGCUACCAUCAUGACCUGGGAGACUGGCAAGCCUCUUUCUGAGGCUUAUGGCGAGAUUGCCUACGCACAGGGCUUCACCUGGUGGUUUGCUGGCGAAGCUGAGCGUAUCCAGGGAUCGGUCAGCGUUCCAGCUGCCCCGAACCGCAGGGUCAUGAUUGUAAAGCAACCGAUCGGUGUUGCUGUCGCGCUGGUACCUUGGAACUUUCCCAUUGCCAUGGUGCUUCGUAAAGCAGGAGCAGCUUUCGCCGCUGGCUGUACCAUGAUUGUGAAGCCAUCGCCGGAAACACCGCUGACCUGUCUCGCCCUGGCCGAGCUUGCCAGUCGCGCUGGAUAUGCUCCCGGUGUUUUUAACGUCUUGACAACAUCUCUUGCCAACACUCCUCCCUUAUCCGAAGCCCUUUGCCUUCAUCCGAAUGUACACAAAGUCACCUUCACAGGCAGCACCCGCGUUGGUAAAAUUGUCGCUGGUCUCUGCGCGCGCAACUUGAAAAAAUGCACCCUAGAGCUUGGUGGAAACUGCCCGUUCAUCGUAUUUGACGAUGCUAACUUGGAACAAGCGCUGGGACAGUUCAUGGCUCUCAAGUGGCGACAUGCAGGCCAGGCGUGUAUCACGGCCAACCGUCUCUAUGUGCAGUCAGGUGUUUACGCAAGAUUCACACAGAUGCUGGUAGACAAGACAAAGGGCCUCGUGGUUGGCCACGGAUCAAAGGACAGCACAAAUAUGGGCCCAGUGACAACUCCCAAUGGCAUAAAAAAAGCUGAAGCGCAGGUAUCCGAUGCACUGAAUCUAGGCGCCAAACUUGUUCUCGGAAGCGGUAAAGGCCGCCUCGAGGACGGUGCGGGCGAGGGCAAUGGCGUCAGCGGCUACUUCAUGGAGCCCACGAUUCUCACAGGAAUGACAAAGGACAUGCUGAUGACUCGUGAAGAGACAUUCGCACCUGUGUGUGGAGUGUAUUCUUUCGAUACGGAAGAACAGGCGACACAGUGGGCGAAUGACACCAGUAUGGGCCUAGCGAGUUACGCCUUUACAAAGAACAUCGAUCGGGUCUUUCGUCUGUCUGAGAAUCUUGAAGCUGGUAUGAUUGGCGUGAAUACCGGCAACAGCUCUGCCGCAGAAAGUCCAUUUGGAGGAAUCAAGGAAUCCGGCUACGGGAAAGAAAGUGGGAAAGAUGUCGCGGUCAACGAAUAUCUUGUUGCAAAGACCGUGACGAUAACUUUGGAGGAUCAUUUCUAG